UGUCUCUAGUACGGCUUCCCUCUCGUCCUUGUGGGUGCUUCUUGCCGACUCUCUUUCCUCUGCCGGAUACCCCAAUGAGGUCCCGCCGGAAAAUCAAGCCGGCCGGCGGCUGACGCGCCACCGAAUUUUCGCAUCCACGCGCACUACCAACGUUCUUCUAGCUCUUAUUCUCAUUCAUACUGUGUUGUUUCCUACAUAAAGUAAAUACUUUGUAUAUAUGUAGAUACAUGAAUAUCCCCUCGACUACUGAGUGUCUCUUUGCCAAGAGUACACCUCUCACCACCGGCAUCCGAAAGCAAUAAAGCCUACCCUCGUAAACGCUAUAAAGUUACUGUUUGGAAUUUAACCGGAUGACCAAAACAACCAAGAUGGAGACAACGAACAAGUUUCUUUACUUCACACUGUUUUUCCUGCAAUGUCACGUACAUCUACUUGACUCGUACAAUGUGCCCUGUGCCUUCAAUACAAUGUGUUUAUGCUGGAUACAGGACGACGAAGAAUAUUCAAGGAUGGACAUCAGCUGUGUGGGUGUUCGCUUCACUCGAUUUCCUGAUGUAUCCGUGAGUUAUGUGGCACAGCUGGACAUCGUGAACUCUGGAAUGCAGGUUCUUGAAAAUGACGCACCGGUGAGUUUCUCGGGUGUCGAGGCACUUGGACUCAUGAGCAACCGUCUCGUAAGCAUCGGUGAGAAGUCUCUCGUGAGUAUGUCCAGCACAUUGCGAUCCCUGGAUUUGAGCUACAACUCACUGGAGGAAAUUUCGUUCAAAGCUCUCCGAGGAUUGAAAAAGUUGAAUUGGCUCAACAUGCACAGUAAUCACAUAACAAGUUUGGACGGCGACUGGGAUCAGGUAUCAGAGACGUUAACUAAUGGAUUUUUUGGAGAGAAUUGCAUUGCUGAAAUUCCACGAGUUCUAUCGCGGUUUCACAACCUCGUAUGGCUUAAUUUAGAUGACAACAAUAUAGUAGAUGUACCAGAAUCAUCUCUGCCUAAAAAUAUCCGUACUCUUAGUCUGAACAAUAACCUACUGGAGAAUUUUCCAAUAAGUAUAUCAAAGUUGGCAGUUCUAAGUUGGUUAUAUUUGCGGGGUAAUUCUAUAAAAGUAUUAGAAUUACCAAACUUAAAAAGUUCAUCGCUUGAACUGAUUGAUGUAAGCGAUAACUUGAUCGAAUCAAUUCGCUUUUUAACCUCAACAAAUUCAACUCUACACGUGAAAGAUCUCAACGUAUCAAGCAACAAACUUUCAAUAAUCCCAGCUGGUGCCUUCCGGUUUGCAGAAACUCGACGGAUCCAUCUGUCAUUUAACAACAUCAGUUUCAUCGAUGAAGAUGCCUUUCGGGGGUUGGAGAAUGUUUUGGAGUAUCUAAAUUUAGAGAAUAACGAUCUCAAUAAUGUUCCAAGCGCUUUAGCAACUCUCAAGAGAAUUACAUACCUUUAUCUCGGUAAUAACGAUAUUUACAAUAUAUCAAGCGAUGCUUUUGAGUCAUUUGCUGAGUACUUACGAGCCCUCUCCCUUGCUAAUAAUAAUUUAGCAGCUGUGCCAGUUGCUGCACUGGCCUCUUGUCAAAGACUCUUACAUCUUAAUCUAGGAUACAACAAGAUCACCCAUGUAUUCCCUGGAGACUUUGAGUGGGCCAAAAGUCUCGAGAUACUACUUCUACGAAACAAUGUUCUAGCAAAACUCAAGCCUGGCACAUUCAAAGGUGCUGUCAAACUCAAGGAGCUCAGUCUGUCGUUCAAUCAAUUGACCGAGUUGGAUGACAAAGCCUUCACUGGCAUCGAGGACAGUUUAGAAAUUUUAGAAUUGAGUUUUGCUUUUGCUACUGAUGUUUUGCCAAAGGAUUCUCUUGCACCGCUAAAGAAUCUUCAAUGGCUCGUGCUUGACAAUAAUAACUUCCAUGCCAUUGACUAUGAUUUCUUUUAUUCCUUUUACCAACUAAGAUACAUCAAUCUUGAAUCCAAUAGAUUUCAUUACUUACCAGAGAAACUCUUUGUUGCUGAAAUCCAUCGAGAAUUGAGAGACGUUAAAUUUGGAUAUAAUUAUUUGGAGGAGAUUCCAGAAAGUACAUUUCUCAAUUUAACUGAAUUAAGAUCGUUGGACUUAACAGGCAAUCGAAUACGCUAUCUUGUGUCGGGAACUAUUGAAAAUUGUCCGAAAUUAGUUACCGUUUCACUAGCUUACAAUCGAAUAUCUACGAUGGACAAGGGUACAUUUAGGAGCCUCACUAGCCUCAGGUUUCUCAAUUUGGAGUUUAACGCUCUAACUGUUCUUGAUUUGGAUGCGAUAAUGGAAACUGGUGGUUCUGAAUUUGCACUGAAUGUCUCUUUCAACUCUAUCUCUGUUAUUAACUUCGAGCUUGGUCUGAUAAAUCUAACCAGUCUCGACCUUGGCUACAAUAAUCUUACUCAACUACCUGCGGAAAUUUUUACUGGAAUGCCUAAUCUCAAGACUCUUGAUCUUCGUAGUAAUUACCUCACCUUUCUCCACUCAGGUACUUUUAAUCUGGAUCGUCUGGAAACAUUAAAUUUGCAAGACAAUCGUCUAGGAGUUUUAAGGCAGCAGGCUUUUCGUGGAACGUCAUCGCUUCAGCAACUGGAUUUAAGUGGAAAUUCUCUGUCUCAAUUAUCUACUGAGCAAUUUCGCAAUCUACGGAACCUCCGCAUUCUCAAUUUGUCGAGAAAUCAUAUAAGAUCUUUGUCUCGAAAUGUCUUUGAGGGAACACGUAUUGAGUUACUUGAUCUUAGUUCAAACAGGAUCAGUAUCGUGCCUUCAUCCGCUUUUCUUGAGGUCGGUUAUACCCUACGAGAUCUCAACCUUGCGGAAAACUUUAUUGAGCAUCUUGACUCAUCAACUUUCUCUACCUCACAGCUCAUCAAUCUCAAUCUUGCCAGCAAUCGGCUUACGAUACUUCCUGAUAACUCUUUUGAAUCACUCACUAAACUUUUGAGUUUGAAUCUGUCACAGAAUCAUCUGCAAGCUAACUUGAAGGAGCUUUUUCACUAUCUGCCAGAACUGAGGCAGCUUUACAUGGCCAAUUGUGGCCUGAAAAGAAUACCAACGCUCCCCUUGGCAAACCUCAACAUUUUAGAUCUGUCAUUCAACAGCAUAGACGUCUUUACUCAGGCUCAUGUACAGUACCUAGAGUCCCUCAAGGUAUUACGGCUCAUUAACAACUCCCUUAUCGCUGUGCCAGACGUCAGACUACCGCUCCUCAGGCAGCUGGAUCUUUCUGACAACCCUAUUGAGGAAUUAAAUAAAGAUACAUUCAUUGGAUAUCCUAGACUGGAAAUACUCAAUUUACGGAAGCUUCAAAGGAUUAGAUCAGUGCAUAACGAUUGUCUUCGACAUUUACGUUACCUCAAACACUUGAGCAUUCAAACUUGGCCUCAAGUCGGCGGACUUAAUUUACAACGACUUUUAAGUGGAUUACCUUUGCGAACAGUUGAGAUAGAGGUGGCUGAAGCAGUGCUGAAGACACAGAUUCACAAUGCAUUUACUCGUCGACUGAGAGAAUUAACCAUCACAGGUCAAGAGCUUGAGAUAAUUUCGUCAGAAGCAUUCUCUACAAUCGAAACUAGUGAACUAAUCCUCAGAAUUAAGGACACCCAUGUGCGACGCUUUCAGUCUGAUAUAUUUCUCUCUUUGGCACGGCGAAUGUCACAGUUGACGCUUGAUUUACGCAACAAUCACAUCAACGAACUCAGUCCAUCUGUAAUCUACGGGAAUCUCUCGUGGGAGACUGUUGGUACAAACCUCGUAGCAGGUGGUCUUCAGGUGUCGGGCAAUCCCCUUGAGUGUGAUUGUGAGAUCGCCUGGCUGAGUCUCUGGCUACGGAGAUGGUUACGAGAAGCACGGCAGAUUCAUACGGCUUCACAGUCGGACGCAAGGCAGCUGAGAAAUAUAGCUGGUCGUGCAGUCUGCACAGAGACAACGCCAUCGUAUUCGUCUGAUCGAGUACUUUUAACUCUCGGAACACCUCACACUGCUUGCCAAGCAUCAGCUCUUAGUAGUGGACAUUUUAUACGACCUUUUGAAUCCUGGUUUUUUCUCAUCACUGUCUUUCUCAUCAAAUUCAGCAUCAACCACACCUAGCUUAUACGGUAAAGUGGUCUAAUAUUAGAAUAAAUUUUUUAAUCAAAUAACAAUAAAAAAAAAGAGCGAAAUAA